ACACCGUAACCUGCAGGUGGUGAUUAUCGUACAACAUGUUUAUCUGCCGGACAAACAUAUAACCGUCGUUGUUGUUUGUGAAUUUGUUUGUCUGUUUGUUCGUUGAUUGAGCGGGUUAACAUGUCGGAGCCCGAAGAGGACCUGCAGGAAGAAAACACGAAGAAGAAGGAGAGGGAAAAACGGAGCGUGAAGAAAAAGAGGGAGAAGCGGGAACAGGAGAGGCAGCAACAGGUGGAGGGGGAAGAUGAGAACAGUGAGCAUGUUGUGCUGCGUGGGAUCUUCAAACUUGGAAAGAAGAGUCAUGACUUCCUGCUCACCCCAACUAGACUGACGUGGACCCCCAUCACCCCUGAGACCCCGACAGGUGACACAUGUGUGACACAGCCAGGUGUGGUGCUGCUGCAGGAUGUGUUUGCUGUGAAGGUGAAGCGGCGGCGAGCAGCAGGAAAGCAGUCGGGGGGACCGGUGCUCGGCGUGGCUCUCUUCUGCGCCAAGAGGAAAGGGAGGAGGCUGGAGGAAGAGACACUUCACCUCCACAACGCCUCCUCAGAACACACACACGCCUGGUACAACAAACUGAAGGAGCUGCUCACAGGGUUCAGUCGUCCUAAAUAUUUAAAGGUGUUCAUCAACCCAAGCAGCCACAAGAAAGAGUCCGUCCACAUCUACAGAGAACACGUGGCUCCUCUUUUCAAGAUGUCCGACGUUCACACUGACAUCACAGUGACGGAGAGAAAGGGUCACGCUCUCUCGGUGAUGAAGGAAUGCAAGCUGGAUGAAUUUGAUGGGGUGGUGUGUGUUGGUGGGGACGGUUCAGUGGCUGAGCUGUGUCACGCUAUGGUCCUCAGAGCUCAGCUGGAUGCUGGUUCUCCUGAGACACCUGUGAAACAAGUGCUGCCACUUGGAAUCAUUCCUGCUGGCUCAACAGAUGUGGUUUCCUGUUCUGUCCAUGGAGUCAGAGAUCCAGUUACUGCAGCCCUGCAUAUAAUACUUGGUCACAAACAGGAAGUGGACAUGUGCAGCUUCACAUCUCUCGAUCAGUUGGUUCGUUUUGGUUUUUCCGCCAUGUUUGGCUUUGGUGGGCGGAGCUUAGCAAGAGCAGAGAAGAAGAGGUGGAUGCCAUCAGGGAGGCGGCGAGAGUACGCUCUGAUGAAGACUCUGGCUAGGCUCAGACCAGAGAACUGCCAGUUGUCUUAUCUACCGACAAAGACGCCAGUCAAAAAUUUCUCUGAGCAUCAAGACCAGGACCAGCACCCAGAGUCUGAGGGGGAGGAGUCCUGGAUGACCAACCAGGGUCUGUACCUGAGCAUCAGCAUUAUGUCCAUCCCCUGUCUCAGUCCACACAUACCUCAAGGACUGGCUCCAAACAGCAGGUUGGCUGAUGGUAGCGCAUCAUUGAUCGCAGUGGGAAACACUUCAAGGUCAGAGUUCAUCAAACACCUGAAGAGAUAUAACAGCUCGAGUGGACAGUUCAGCUUCUCCUUCGUGGAAACGCAUGAAGUGUCAGCGGUAAGGAUCCGCCCCCAGUCUGUGAUUGGCUGGUCAGAGGAUGAGAGUGAGGAGGAGGGAGAUUCCAGAACAUCGCCCAUUAUCCAAUCACAGGGAGCCGCCUUCCCGUGGAACAUCGAUGGAGAGUUGGUGGAGAUCGCUAACGAAGUGCUCAUCAGGGUCCACCCUCAGCUCAUCACUUUGUACGGGGAGGAGGUGGACGAGGCCGAGUCAACUGUCUCCUGCAGUUGCAUUUGAGUCCAGUAGAGGAUGCACUGUUGUAGGUGUUUUGGAAUCACAACAUUUCACCUCAGAGACCACGACUUACCACUGCCCUCUUUAUGUUAUUAUUGUAAGUGCAGCAUCAAGAAGUAGACUAUGGCAACAAAAAUGAUUAAAACUACUUCCUGUUUUACAAUCUAGCUGAAUGUGA